UAAAUUAAUAAAUAAAAAUUUUGGUACAUUAAAUCUUUCAGAAUGUUCAGUGUAUAUAAUUGGAGAAAAUAGUAAAAGAAUCCUAACAGGUGGAAAGUUGACAAUCAUUUGCUUAAUAAUCUCUGAUACCCUUUUUAGCUGCUGUGUGGUGGUUCUAAGAGUUAUGUAUCAUUUUCCUCUUUUUUUCUUUUACGAUUUUUAAGUAAUCUCUAUACCCAACAUGGUAUUCAAACUGACAACCCUGAGAUACAGAGUUGCACACUUUUCUGACUGAGCCAGCCAGGAACCCCAGACGUCACUUUAAAACAUGGCAAAUACCAUGGAGGUUACAGGAAAAAAAAAAAAACAACAACAAACUCCUUUGUCCAUGCCUCCUGUGAUCUUCCCCAGAAAACUCACAACAAUUUUAUGCCAUAGUUCCUAGAAAGGCUAUGUUUAUGCUUAAUUGGCUCUAUCUCUCUGCUUGCUUUUCUGCCUACUUCCUGUGGAAUGUAAGCAGGUUUAAAAGUGUCAGGUGUUGAAUGUAAGAAUUAAAUAGUAUCGGUCAUCAGGAAUACUGCUCAGUCACAAAGCAUCAUGAAAGGCAUAUAAGUAAAUAUCCAUGAUUCAAAAGAAAUCCUCUUAGUGACUCUCCAAACAGGAAAUAAAUGAUAGUAUGGGAUAAUAGAAAGCUUAGCACAGAAUAUAUAUUCCCAUUAUAAUAACAGAACUUAUUAUAAUGCUAAACCAUAUUUUUCUUAUUAUAGAAAAUUAUGUGCCCAAAUUGAUGCAUUCAGCCCGCCAAAAGUAAUAAACAUGUGGCAUGACAGAAUGCUCCCUCUCUGAUGAACAUUUUAAACACCAGAGGGCAGAAUGUUCCAGAGGACAUUUUCUUUAUUAUAAAUACAUCAUCUUGUCAUUUAUUCUUUCAUGUCACUGGCUGCAUUAAAAAUAGAGAUAUGAUCAUUUUGGAAUUGUCUACGUGUAUGAAUGGUUUGUUUUGUUUAGACAACAUAGUGAACAAUGUUCUCAUAUGUACCAGUGUUGGUUCAGCAUCUAGAUUUUCUCUCCCUUUCUAGGUUAAAGUCUAUAUUUCUGGCUUCUAAAGUGAUUAUAUUUUUUAAAAGUUAUGUAUACAUCUGUAUCAUUUAGUGAAUUUCAUAAAUUCACAUUCAUUUAAUGAAUUAAGUAAAGUGAGAGGAAGGAGAUUUGAUAUGUAUGUCUUGUAGCUCAAUAUGCUCUUUUGUGUUCUAUUUAUCAAUAAAAAAAAAUCCUGAAAGAGCCACCUGCAGGCUUAAUGAUCCUUUUAAAAUGUUGAGAAUAUAAUUUAGAAGUAGCAUCCCACAUUUGGGAAAUUUUUUCAGGGAUUAGGUAGUAAAGUCAACAUAUCAAGUAAAAACUGUGUAUAAUGAAAAUUAUCCUCAGAAGUCCUUUAAAUAUCAUUCAUGCAUUCAUUAAGUAAAUACUGCUUUUCAUAUGUCUAACCUGCCAGCUUAUCUUACUCUCCUUUUGACCACCAGAUGAAUAGUUGUCUUAUGUGUAGAGGCCACAUUAUAUGAUAUUUAGGAAUGCAUUACUUUCUCUUCUCUUAGUCACAAUUUUACUGUUGCAAAUUGAAGUUAUAAUCUGGAGCAUUAGCAAUUCCUAGUAAAGGAAAAACUCCACAUUAGAAAUCUGGCCAAAACUUGAAUUGCUGUAACAAGAAGGAUGGAUACGUUCUAACUUCUGUGAAAAUAGUAAUUUCGUGUAUUCACCUCUUCAUAAGUAUUACCCUACCUUUAAACACUGUGAAGUUUAAUUCUGAUGAUUACUUCUUAGAGAAAGCUUAUACAGGGGGAAGAUUGGAGAAAGAAUAAAAAUAAAAACAAUAGAAAAUUCUGUAAGUUUUAGAAUGGUUUACCUAAAUUCAGCACAAGGGAGUUAAAAAUUAGUAGCCAAUGAAAUAGCUUAGCCCCUUAAAUCUCUCUCUACUUGUACCAUCAAUUAAGCCCAUUUUUACAAAAACAGAACCUAUGUAUUUUGUCUUUUAAAGUACCUCAACUAUAUCCUCUUCCUGAUUAGCUAAUACAGAGCAUUAGCAACAUUAAAAUGAAUGUCAGUGGAAAAAUGAUUAUUUGUCAAAGUUUGCAUUUUUUAAACAUAAUUAUUCUGGAACCCAUCUAAUGCAUGGAUCGGCUCAACUUGAUUUGGGACAGAUGUGAACCUGCCCUCUUUUUCCUAAAGGUAUUGAGUUCUUGGUAUUCUAAAAGUAACAACUAAAGAGAAUUUCCCUCAAAAGUAACCAUUGUGCCAAGACAAUAUUUGAUUUUAAAACUUUACUAGAGACAAGAGGUUAGACAGAACUGAGGUAUGCUCUUUGUGGAAUUUUCAAAUCUAACAUAAAUGCUUACUUUUAGGUUUGACCUAUAGUUUUCUAGUUAGGUGAGGUGAAAGUAAUUAAAAGUCAUUUGAAACAAGUUUCUCACUUUGCAUGUUCUUUAGUAUUGUCAUUCUAUAGAAAUUACUUAUACUACUUUAUCUCCAACUUAUAAUUUUCUUAAGACAGUUAUUAUUAGUCAUGUAGGGACGGUGGAAUUACUUUUACAUGAUUAUCUUAAAUAAUCCUUUAACAUUAGUCCACAGCAUUUCUGUUUACUAUUUAGUAUCUCUGUAAUUCUAUUUAUUUUUAUUUUUUGUUUUUUAAAUUUUAGAGCGCAAGUGGGGUAGAGGGGCAGAGGAAGAGAGAGAGAGAAUCUUAAGCAGUCUCCAUGCUCAACAUGGAGCCUGAUGUAGGGCUCAAUCCCUUGAUCCUGGGAUCAUGACCUGAGCCAAAAUCAAGAGUCAGAUGCUCAACCAACUGUAAAGUAGGUACCCCAUGUUUACUGUAAUUUUAAAAUGAAAUGACUCCUUGCAACAAAUAUGUGCAGUAUGGUGAGACCAAAUAUUCAAUCAAACAUGAAAACUAGCCAGAAAUAUAUUUACUCUUUCUGGCCAUUUUCUGCCUAUUGACUUCUGUAGAAAUCUAUUUUCUAUUUUAUCUUCACUGUUUUGCUUAAUUAGGUAUUUUUAAAUAAGAUAACAGAUUUUUAGAAUUUCAAGGCUUUACAUUACAUUAUUUUAUUUCUACCAUUGCUUUAGAAAGAAGUAGAAAAUAUGUUAUUACUCAAAUUGUACUGCUGAUGAGUUUGAGGAUUGGAAUUAAGGACUUACCAAGCAACUAAGCAUUAUUACAACUACAAUCAGAACACUAGUCAAGUGUGUGUCCUUUCUAUUAAACUGUAGUCCUUUCAUUUACAUUUCACUGAGGUUAUCAUCAUUUAUGAAGAUGAGCACAUCAUAAAUCUAUAACUAACAAAUAUAUAAUUAUACCAGAAUUAUUAUUACAGUGGCAACACUGCCCACAUAAAAGAACAAUGUAAUAAGUGAUUUACCUAAUUGUUUUGCUUUAUUUUGUAUCUGAACAUUUCAUUAUAUAUGCAGUGCUAGGAGAGAAGCAUAUAUCACUAUGAUACAGAACACUUGCAUGUAGAAUUCCCCUAUCUAAAUAGAUGGAUAGCACCAGUGGCUCAUGUUCCAGAAGCCUACUGAAAGUUGGCUCAGAGCCAUCUAGAGUACUGCAGAGGGAGUACCAUUGCCACCACUCAAUUCAUGCACUGACACUGUCCCUAGUUCUCUCUUCUCCUGUGUUUCUUUUUUGACACUGUCCUGCUGUCCACUGGAAGGGAAGGAACUCUUCUGGAUUCCUGGAAGGCAAGGAAAAACUGAUGAGAAAGGUUCUCCAGGCCUAGUAGGGGAAGGCCUUCAGAAGCAUAGAAUGGAACAGUAACCCUGUCUCUCCAGUGAUUGACACAAGGAAUUUCCUUGAUCAUAAGUAAAGGCUAUGGGCAGUUUCAGGGAAGUUAGUGUCUUUUGAAUCUUUAUGCUUCUAGAAGGAAUACAGGAGGUGGUUUGCCUGUCUUUGAAAAUGAUACCGUUGCUACUAUAUCAGUCAGUUGAUGGUUCUCUAGUUUUGGUGUAUCUGAAACUUACCCUCUGAAUGAAAGACAUUUAAUCAGUUUUUUAAUAUCUCUGUUUAAAAAUAAAUUUUCUGCUAUCACAUUCUUGACAGUUCUUUACUUAUCACUGUCUUAAUUUUUCCAUUUAACCCAAUAAAUUAUGAAGAUACCACAGGCACAUAUUAGCUUGCUAAAGUGUUAUUAAUCUUUUUCGUUACCUCAGGAUGUGGUUGUUUUGUUAGUGUCUACUUAGUUACUGUAUUUUGUAAUAUUUAUUCACACAGCUGAUUUAGGAAUUCAGAACAGUGAAGUCUGAGGAGGAAUCUGAGGAGGAGGAGUUUAUAGCUUUAAGGCACGAGGAGCUUACAGCUUUUUAAUAUAAAUUGUUCCCAGAAUCCAUGUCACAGCUCCUUAUAUGGUGCUGCUUUUUUCUUCUUGGUUGCUAUGACAACAGCAGCACUGCACCAUUCAUCAGCUCUGGACCUGGGCUGCAUUGCUAGCCCUCCGUGUUACUCCUGAAUGUUAAGAACAUCCGUGAAUCAUUCACUAUGUUAAUGCUGCGCCAUUAGAAACCUAAGAACCAGUCCUUCCAGCAGUUUGCUCUACCAGGAGGGUAAACUAAACUGCGCCACAGAGGAAAAAUUACAUAAAAGCAUUUCUUUUUCUCCUAAGGGAAUCAUACAGUCUAUCUCUGCUGCAGUAUUCUGAAAGGAUAAGCUUCUGUCAGGCGAUCUAAUGAAAAGAACUCAUCUGUAAUCUUUCUUGAAAUCAUUAGCUGUUCAAAACAAGUAUCACAUUGCAUCUCUGGAUAUAAAAAGAAGCAGGUGAUGUUGUUAGGGGUUCUAAGCUCCUUUGGGAGCAUCACUUGUGCUUUGGGACCAUAAUCAACAUCUGCUGUAAGAAGUAUCACCUGUAACGCGCAGUGAUGCUGAACAGGAACUUGGUCCCCCUCCAUCUGUAGAUGAGGCAGCAAACACACUCAUGACUCGUCUGGGUUUCCUCCUCGGAGAGAAAGUCUCGGAAGUUCAGCCAGGUGACCAAUACAGCAUGGAAGUACAGGAUGAAAAUCAGACUUCAGCAAUCACCCAGCGGAUAAGUCCCUGUUCCACCUUGACUAGUAGCACUGCCUCUCCACCAGCCAGUAGCCCCUGCUCCACCCUCCCGCCAGUCAGUACAAAUGCAACUGCCAAGGACUGCAGCUAUGGGGCUGUUACUAGUCCAACCUCUACCCUUGAAAGCAGAGAUAGCGGCAUCAUUGCUACAUUGACAAGCUAUUCUGAAAACGUGGAACGCACAAAAUAUGUUGGGGAAAGCAGUAAAGAAUUAGGAUCUGGAGGAAACCUGAAACCUUGGCAGUCUCAAAAAUCCAGUAUGGAUUCGUGUUUGUAUCGAGUAGAUGAAAACAUGACGGCUUCCACCUAUAGUCUGAAUAAGAUCCCUGAGAGGAAUUUGGAAACUGUUCUAUCGCAGUCAGUACAGUCUAUUCCUCUGUAUCUUAUGCCACGGCCAAAUUCAGUAGCAGCCACAAGCUCUGCCCACUUGGAGGACCUUGCUUACCUGGAUGAACAGAGACAUACACCAUUGAGAACUUCUCUUCGAAUGCCGAGGCAGAGCAUGGGUGGUGCUCGCACACAACAGGAUCUGAGAGUUCAUUUUGCACCUUAUAGGCCUCCAGAUAUCUCCCUGAAGCCUCUGCUCUUUGAAGUGCCCAGCAUCACUACGGAGUCAGUGUUUGUUGGCCGGGAUUGGGUUUUCCACGAAAUAGAUGCUCAACUUCAAAGUUCAAAUGCCAGCGUGAACCAAGGAGUAGUGAUUGUGGGAAACAUUGGGUUCGGCAAAACUGCCAUCAUCUCCAGACUGGUGGCCCUCAGUUGCCACGGAACACGGAUGAGACAGAUCGCCUCAGACAGCCCACACGCCUCCCCCAAACAUGUGGACGCCAACAGAGAGCUGCCACUCACACAGCCACCCUCAGCCCACGCGUCCAUCCCCAGUGGAAGCUGCCCAGGGACCCCAGAAAUGCGCAGGCGGCAGGAGGAGGCCAUGCGGAGACUAGCCUCACAGGUGGUUGCCUAUCACUAUUGCCAAGCAGAUAAUGCCUACACCUGCCUGGUACCAGAAUUUGUCCACAAUGUUGCUGCCCUGCUCUGCCGCUCACCUCAGCUGGCAGCCUAUCGGGAGCAGCUUCUUCGGGAGCCUCAUUUACAGAGCAUGCUGAGCCUUCGGUCCUGUGUUCAAGACCCCAUGGCCUCCUUCCGGAGGGGAGUCCUGGAGCCCCUGGAGAAUCUCCACAAAGAGAGGAAAAUCCCAGAUGAAGAUUUCGUCAUCUUAAUUGAUGGAUUAAAUGAAGCAGAAUUUCACAAACCGGAUUAUGGGGAUACAAUUGUGUCAUUUCUGAGUAAAAUGAUUGGAAAAUUUCCGUCUUGGCUCAAACUAAUUGUCACAGUUAGGACCAGUUUACAGGAAAUUACCAAGCUGCUGCCUUUCCAUAGGAUUUUUUUGGAUCGACUAGAAGAGAAUGAAGCCAUAGACCAGGACCUGCAGGCUUACAUCCUGCACCGGAUACACAGCAGCUCAGAGAUCCAGAAUAACAUUUCACUUAAUGGCAAAAUGGACAAUACUACAUUUGGCAAACUCAGUUCUCAUCUCAAGACCCUCAGUCAAGGGUCCUAUCUAUACCUGAAACUCACAUUUGACCUCAUAGAGAAAGGCUAUCUAGUGUUAAAGAGCUCUAGCUACAAAGUAGUUCCUGUUUCACUCUCUGAGGUUUAUUUACUCCAGUGCAAUAUGAAGUUCCCAACCCAGUCUUCCUUUGACCGGGUGAUGCCUCUCCUGAAUGUGGCAGUGGCCUCCCUGCACCCACUGACUGAUGAACAUAUCUUCCAGGCCAUCAAUGCUGGUAGCAUUGAAGGCACCCUAGAAUGGGAGGAUUUUCAGCAGAGAAUGGAGAACCUCUCCAUGUUCCUAAUCAAGCGCAGAGACAUGACUCGUAUGUUUGUACAUCCUUCUUUUCGAGAAUGGCUUAUCUGGAGAGAAGAAGGAGAGAAAACCAAAUUUCUCUGUGAUCCCAGGAGUGGUCACACAUUACUUGCUUUCUGGUUUUCCCGCCAAGAAGGAAAACUAAACCGACAGCAGACUAUAGAGCUGGGACAUCACAUCCUCAAAGCACACAUUUUUAAGGGUUUGAGUAAAAAAGUUGGCGUGUCCUCCUCUAUCCUCCAAGGUCUCUGGAUCUCCUACAGCACAGAAGGCCUUUCCAUGGCAUUGGCAUCUUUACGAAAUCUCUACACUCCAAAUAUAAAGGUCAGCCGACUCCUGAUCUUGGGAGGUGCCAACAUUAAUUACCGGACAGAGGUUUUAAAUAAUGCUCCAAUUCUGUGUGUGCAGUCUCAUCUUGGUUACACAGAAAUGGUGGCCCUGCUGUUGGAGUUUGGGGCCAACGUGGAUGCAUCUUCGGAAAGCGGCCUGACUCCUCUGGGCUAUGCCGCGGCAGCAGGCUACCUGAGCAUCGUUGUGCUGCUGUGCAAGAAACGCGCCAAGGUGGAUCAUUUGGACAAGAAUGGGCAGUGCGCUUUGGUCCAUGCUGCACUCCGAGGUCAUCUGGAGGUUGUCAAGUUUUUGAUUCAGUGUGACUGGACGAUGGCCGGCCAGCAGCAAGGAGUAUUUAAGAAGAGCCACGCCAUCCAACAGGCCCUCAUCGCUGCGGCCAGCAUGGGCUACACCGAGAUUGUCUCCUACCUACUUGAUCUUCCAGAAAAAGAUGAAGAAGAAGUAGAGCGAGCGCAGAUCAACAGCUUUGACAGUCUCUGGGGAGAGACAGCACUGACAGCUGCAGCUGGAAGGGGCAAACUGGAGGUAUGUCGUCUGCUCUUGGAACAGGGGGCAGCAGUGGCCCAGCCAAACCGCCGAGGGGCAGUGCCCCUAUUCAGCACUGUCCGCCAGGGCCAUUGGCAGAUUGUUGAUCUUUUACUCACCCAUGGAGCUGAUGUCAACAUGGCAGACAAGCAGGGUCGUACCCCGCUGAUGAUGGCUGCCUCUGAAGGCCAUCUAGGAACUGUGGACUUUCUACUUGCACAAGGUGCCUCCAUUGCUCUCAUGGACAAAGAAGGGCUGACAGCCCUCAGCUGGGCUUGUUUGAAGGGUCAUCUCUCAGUAGUACGUUCUCUGGUGGAUAAUGGAGCCGCUACGGACCAUGCUGACAAGAAUGGCCGCACCCCAUUGGAUCUGGCAGCUUUCUAUGGUGAUGCCGAGGUGGUCCAGUUCCUGGUGGAUCACGGGGCCAUGAUUGAGCAUGUUGACUAUAGCGGAAUGCGCCCUUUGGAUAGGGCUGUGGGGUGCCGGAACACUUCUGUUGUUGUCACUCUUCUGAAGAAAGGAGCCAAGAUAGGUUGUCAGACGUUACCGAGUCGCCCACGAGGUCCAGCCACAUGGGCGAUGGCCACCUCCAAACCAGACAUCAUGAUCAUCCUGUUGAGCAAGCUGAUGGAAGAGGGGGACAUGUUUUAUAAGAAAGGUAAAGUAAAGGAAGCUGCCCAGCGCUACCAGUACGCUCUGAAGAAAUUCCCUAGAGAAGGGUUUGGUGAGGACUUGAAAACCUUCCGGGAACUAAAGGUGUCUCUCCUCCUCAACCUCUCUCGAUGUCGCAGGAAAAUGAACGAUUUUGGAAUGGCGGAGGAAUUUGCUACUAAGGCCUUGGAGCUGAAACCGAAAUCUUAUGAAGCUUACUAUGCGAGAGCAAGGGCCAAACGCAGCAGCAGCAGACAGUUUGCAGCAGCCUUAGAGGAUCUGAACGAGGCCAUCAAGCUCUGCCCAAACAACCGUGAGAUCCAGAGGCUCCUGCUGCGCGUGGAGGAAGAGUGCCGACAGAUGCAGCCGCCGCCGCCGCCGCCUCAGCAGCCGCCUCAGCCGCCGCUACCAGAAGAAACGGAACCCGAAGCACAGCACGAAGAUGUCUACUCUGUACAGGAUAUGUUCGAGGAGGAGUACCUGGAACAGGAUGUUGAAAAUGUCUCCAUUGGCCUCCAGACCGACGCUCGGCCCAGUCAGGGGCUCCCGAUAAUCCAGAGCCCGCCCUCCUCCCCAGCCCAUCGGGACUCAGCCUACAUCUCUAGCUCACCGCUCGGCUCGCAUCAGGUCUUUGACUUCCGUUCCAGUAGUUCUGUAGGCUCUCCCACCAGACAGAGCUAUCAGUCCACCUCACCCGCUCUUUCUCCAACUCACCAGAACUCUCAUUACAGGCCCAGCCCACCACAUACGUCCCCAGCCCACCAGAGCGGGUCUUACCGCUUUAGCCCCCCUCCCGUGGGAGGGCCAGGCAAGGACUAUCCAAGCCCUCCUCCGUCCCCCCUCCGUAGAGGCCCUCAGUACCGGGCCAGCCCUCCAGCUGAAAGCAUGAGUGUCUACAGAUCCCAGUCGGGCUCACCCGUGCGCUAUCAGCAAGAAACAAAUGUUAGUCAGCUUCCCGGCAGACCAAAAUCUCCAUUAUCCAAAAUGGCCCAGCGGCCCUAUCAGAUGCCUCAGCUUCCUGUGGCAGUUCCCCAGCAAGGGCUCAGGCUACAGCCUGCCAAGGCCCAGAUUGUGAGAAGCAACCAGCCCAGCUCAGCGGUUCAUUCAAGCACCGUCCUCUCCACAGGGGCCUAUGGCCAAGUAGCCCACUCAAUGGCUAGUAAAUACCAGUCUUCGCAAGGAGACAUGGGAGUAAGUCAGAGCCGGUUGGUUUAUCAAGGGUCAAUUGGGGGGAUUGUAGGGGAUGGGAGGCCCGUGCAGCAUGUCCAGGCCAGCCUGAGUGCAGGUGCCAUCUGUCAGCAUGGAGGGUUGACCAAAGAAGACCUUCCACAGCGACCUUCCUCAGCAUAUCGAGGUGGUAUGAGAUACAGCCAGACACCACAGAUUGGCCGUAGCCAGUCUGCAUCCUAUUACCCGGUCUGUCACUCAAAACUAGAUCUGGAGCGCUCCUCCAGCCAACUAGGUUCCCCUGAUGUGUCACAUUUAAUCAGAAGACCUAUUAGUGUCAACCCUAAUGAAAUCAAGCCCCACCCACCAACUCCCAGGCCAUUGCUGCACUCCCAAAGCGUAGGCCUGCGCUUCUCUCCAUCUAGCAAUAGUAUCUCAUCAGCCUCCAACCUCACUCCUACCUUCCGGCCAUCUUCCUCGAUUCAACAAAUGGAGAUCCCACUAAAACCGGCGUAUGAUAGGUCAUGUGACGAGCUGUCACCGGUGUCUCCCACUCAGGGAGGUUACCCCAGUGAGCCCACCCGAUCCAGGACCACACCAUUCAUGGGGAUCAUAGAUAAAACAGCCCGGACUCAACAGUACCCCCACCUUCACCAGCAGAAUCGGACCUGGGCCGUGUCAUCCGUGGAUACCGUUCUCAGUCCCACGUCUCCAGGCAACCUGCCUCAGCCUGAGUCCUUCAGUCCACCAUCAUCCAUCAGCAACAUUGCCUUUUAUAACAAAACCAACAAUGCACAGAAUGGCCAUUUGCUGGAGGACGAUUAUUACAGCCCCCAUGGGAUGCUGGCUAAUGGGUCCCGCGGAGACCUCCUGGAGAGAGUCGGCCAGGCCUCCUCAUACCCCGAUGUGAAGGUGGCGCGGACCCUCCCUGUGGCUCAGGCAUAUCAGGACAACCUGUACCGGCAGCUGUCCCGGGACUCUCGACAAGGGCAGACAUCCCCUAUCAAACCAAAGAGACCAUUUGUGGAGUCUAAUGUUUAAAAGACGUUCAUUGGAGUGAGACCCAUAUGUUUUCACUGCACAUCUUCAGGCUUGGUUUCCACAUCUGAGGUAGUUCUCUGGCUUAAUUUCUCAUGCAGUUUCUGUGUGGUGUUUAGAGGUGGCAGCCCCGUGCUGGAGUUCUUUGCAUGCAGCCGACUGGGAAGCUGGCCUCCCGUGAGCCAGGACUUCAGUUUCUCUCGUCUGUGCCCCAGCCACAUGCUCUCUCCCUCUCUUCCGAUGCCAGCGAGGAGAUUGUUGUGCCGUGUGCUUUAACCCAGGGAGAUCAGACACACUGGUCAGCUUUUUCCAGGAGACAAUCGCUUUCACUGAUGUUCUUGUUGUGUAAAUGUCUUUCUCCUUUUUUACAAAAAUAAGAUGUUCUUGUUCGUUUUCUUCUAGGAACUUUAGAAAGAGUAUGACGCCCCUUUGCCUUUGCAUUCUUAUCCAGUGUUAUCCAAAUAGCCAACCCCAGUGCAUUCUUGUGCCAUGGUGUCCUCCCCUGGACUGCCAGCUCCCUGCAGUCAUCAGGUCUAGAAUGUUCAUUUAGAUUAUCGCUGGUCUUCCUACGGGGGCAAAAGGAUCAAGGAGAAAGAGAAGAAACAGGUCGAUUAAAUUAGAAGAAAAAAAAAAUAUAUAUAUAUAUAUAAUUAUUUGAAAUGUCACUAUGUUGAUUUUUCAAGAAGCAUUUUAUGAAUAUUUAAAGAACAACUAGCCCUUUAAAUAGUUCACCCAGCCAAGGAAAUUGGAUGAGAAUCAUGGAUAUUUUUAAAUAAUCCACUGAGAGUUAUCCUUUAGGUUUUUAGCCAACAAUUAACUAUUAAAAGCUAUUGAUUUUCCAUGGGGGGGGGAUACAUAAAUACAUAGAAAGAGAGAGGAAGAAAGACUGUUCUGGAUUCUCAGAAAAAGGCUAUAGAAAACCUCUUGUCUUGGCGAAGUCUACUUUUUAAGUCCUGGUACAUCAUUGAGCAUCAUAUCUCAUAAAAGCAAACUCUUCGCCAAAGUUUGGUACAAUAGUCCUGUCGGGUCUUCACCUGGAGCCACAUUGUGUUCUACUGGCCCUCUUUCUUUUAAACCCACAUGGUACCGUGAAGAAAUUGGUUCUUUGAGAAGCAAAUUGAAUUCUCUUGGGGCUGUAAGACUUUAUUCCUGGAGUUUGCACCCAGGACUGUUACACCCCAUGCCAGGUGUCGUCUGAUUCUGUUUCAAGAUCUAUAGUUUCAUUAUCUGUUUACUCUAGGGAUUGUUUCUUUGUUUCUUUCUCUAGGUAGGAGGGUUUGGGGAGUGAUCUUUGAAAACCAGGCACAGUGAAGUGUUUCAGGGAGCAGACAGACCCCUUUCAGCCCUGGGUGGGGGAACAUGAGAUAGGUAGCAGGUCCUCUGAUGCAGUUACCCUCCACGCUUCUUCUGUGUCUUGAGGUCGUUUGCUGACCUGUCCUUUGCAUGACUGAGGCCAGCACAAGAUGGACAGCAAGAACACUGAAACCAAAGCCUUAGCACAGGCCUGGUACUGACUGCGCAUCAGCUCUUAGAACUUAAGAAGCUGAACAACAGAGAAUCAGUUCUCUGUUACUACGAAUCAUUCUGCUCUUGUGAGUAAAGAAAGGGCUAUAGGAAGGGCAGUUUCCUGAAUAAAAAUCCAGAUGUGACCAGACCUGUUUGUCAUAGUAAGUGUCCUCUGAAAGUAUCACUAAGACCUGGGGAGCAUGCAGCUGAGAUCAGAAACAUGUCUCUACCAAUUUAGAUUCUGCCAAAUAGACGGACCCCUCAGCCCCCAAGCCCGACACAGGCCAGGACUUGUCUCGGGGCCAGCUCAAGACCCAGAAUCUUCCCACUCUCAGAUGCCCAGGGACUGUCUCCUACUCAGACCAGCAUGGGCACCAGUGUCUUGUCCCUUCCCUUCCCCCUCUCUUGCUUCCAUCUAGAAGGGGAAGCGUAGAGCUGUAGCAUCAGCCUGCAGCCGGGAGCCCAGCUCCCGCUUUGUCCAGGUCUCAGCCCUACAGGGCCCUUUGCAUCUCACCCCUCCCUGCCCACCUCUCACUGAGGAGCUGCUGCUACAUUCUGAAAGAUGUCCGUGUCUGUGAGGAAAGUGCCCCUGUGUGUCUGGAAUGUCACACACACCACCUGCACUCAGCUGUCUAGGUGAGCGAGCAGCUUCUGCACCUCCCAGACAUGCCACUGAUGCCACUUGUCCCCAGGGUCUCUCUCGGCUUUCCUGGACAAACUGGAGAUUUAGGGUCUAUGCCUUAAAUUGGGCAAAACACUUAAAACAGUCAAAAUGCCAUUCUUUUUUAGCCAUUAUAAGAGGGAGUGAAUGUCACUACUGGGCGCCAGUUGAGUUUGACUAGAAAAUGCCGACUGGACCUGAUUGGGGGCAGGAGACCAUUUUUCCUUGCUCAGCUGACUGCCCAUGCCCUGUUGUGCUACUUCACUGCCAUGGGAUGAUCUUAGUACUGUAUCCCGGAGACGCCCUCUCCCCCAGCAGCACUCACUGAGUCCGUGUCUGGCUUCUGGUGGGGGAAGUUUUUCAGAUGAAACUGGUUAAGUUCCAGUCACCCAAUUCACACACCCUGAAAUGGAGACAGUGGUAACAAACUUUAGCCUCUAGGUUUCUCACCAAAUUGUACGCUUGUGUUCACCCAGAAUUCUUGCACUAAUGGGUUUCCAUCACAUCAUGUCUAUAAAUGGGUGCACUUUACUGUUUGAAUUUGUAACUCUGAUAAAUACUGGAUAUUUAAGUGUGCGUAAUGUCUUCAUUAGAAAAUAGCAGAACCGCUCUUGUCUUUUAGUGUAUCUUUCAAGGGGAAAAAAAAGGAAAAAAAGGAAAGAAAUCAAGCAGUGGAUCACAACAUUUAUAGCACAAGAAAUAACUGUUGUAUAUAAGCAUCAAAAGGAUUAAGAAUUUUUAAAUACAAAAAAUAUUUGCAGUGAUUUUAAAGUGCUUUUCCAGCAAUUUUCUUAGGGACUCCUGAGACAUGGUUACUUUAUUUACUGGAUCAGUAAGGCACACAAUUAACAAUUAAAAAUUAAUGUUUAUUUACAAAGUAAAGGGAAAACCUGUGUAACAUGAGAAUUUGGCAUGGACAAAAUGGAGACCAUUUUGUAUCUGCUGUUGUAUCUUGUCCGGGUUGCAGACGUGCACUAUUAAAGCCCCAGAUUAAUAGAGCACAAACCCUUCUUGUUCCUCUCCCACGUGCCCCUCUUUCUAGAUGUGUUUAACUUAAACUCGAAGGCUCAGGAAAAUUCCACUAAUUAGAAUCAUGUACAGUACCCCAGGUCGUUGUCCAGAGAUACAAGUUUGCUAAUUUAGUUAAGCCUGGAUUAUUAAACACUUUUCCUAAAUUAUUGUAAACAGAACAGCCUAGAGAAAGGUAUUCUCAGUCCUUAUAUUGUAUAGUAGUUUAUGAACCCCUCUCUAAAUAUUGGUAUUUUUAUAUCCCAGAGAUGUACCCAAUAGAAAAAUUAACCAGUAUCUAAUUUAAUAUCCAUAAGUAUUUUCCUUAGAUUUUAGUCAUAUACAGUGGGUUAUGUAGACGUCACCUUGCUUCAACCAUAUUCUACCACUAGGUGUCACUGUGGCUCUGCACCAGGCUCGUCUGGUGGCAAAGACCGGCAGCGCGUCCACUGGAGGGGCUGCUUCCAGGGCAGCAGGCAGGCCCAGAGGGUUCAGGAAGGAGGGGACAAAGACCUGGAAAGGGGUCUUCACGCAUCCGUGCCAGUCGUGGCAAGAUAAGCUCUUUGACCGCUACCUGCUUUGGACCCUCAGCCAGGCAGAGGCCCGGAGAAUGUUGACUAGAACUCCCUUCCUCUGAUGGCCGGGUGGGUAUGAGGAAGUCUUCUUUAUUCCCCAUGAGCUCCCCUCUCAGUUCCUCUUGGCCUCCAACUUGUACAACUCCAGAGAUGUCACAGGUGGGUGGUUUGGUUCAAAAAUAGUUAUUUUUCUACUGCAGAAAUGCCUUGGACAAAACCAGUUGCUCACUGAACCUUUGCCACAAAAUGGAACAGGCUCCCCAGGGGGCAGGGUGUCCCCUCCCUGUCCCAGCCUCUCCCACCCUGUCUGUCUGUCCUUGGGCUGCCCACUUCUCACGAAGCCAACUUGCAAAGGCAGCCUGCUGCUGCUUCCACACCAAGGCCUGUGCCGCCCCGUUGCGCGCACGUUGGGAGGUGUGGCUUUUUCUCCUUUUCCUCUAGGAAUUCCAGACUGACCAUCUACCAUGACUAACAACAAUGAACAAAAAGGGCUUAGGGGUAAGAGCUACCUACAAAGACGUGUCAUGGAAACCUUCACCAUGCAAUGCCUUGAACUCAGCUCUGGCUGCUCCCAAGAAAAGGUGGCUGGCUGGGGGCCUGGACACAAGCACAAUGGGAAUGGUGGAGCCACUGUGCAGAGCUACUUGAAUAAUCACUGGGUCUUCAUCAACUCCUUUUAUAACACAGACCACUCAAGGGCUGAAGUGUUGGUAACCUGCAUUUCGGUGUCCAAUGCCUCACAGCUGCUGAACCACCCUGAGAUGCUUGUGGCCACGUGAUGGCCACAGUCAGAGCUUUGAAAGUCAGUACCAAAUGAAUGCGUAAUUGGACACCAAAAAUCAAGUGUUACUUUCAUGUUUCCUCACCCAUACCAUCUCACUUCUUCCUGCUGACUCUGAUAAUCUCCACUAAGCUGACCUGUCGGGUUUUUAGCUGAAUGCAUAUAGAUGCAGGCCAGCAUCACUCUUGUUUUUCAGACAGACCUACUCUGUGGACAGGAAGGAGCCUAGCUGCUUUGUUUUUGUAGCACUUACUGGCUGGAGUUUUCUUUUGCCUAAUCGCUAACCAGAACACCUGGUUAGGGGGACUCCACUCGAUCCCUUUGGUCCCCAGGACCAGACAGAGAGUUAAUUCUGGAAAAUUUAGUACUUGAAUGUACCUGCCUUAUUGUGUACCAGCUUACUGGAAAAAAAGAUAGAAAAGCCGGCUCCAGAUCUCUCCUCCAUUCACAGGUUAUUUUGGAAAUCCUGUAAGUUACACUUCCUGUUCUAGUUUAUUUUUGUUUUUGUUUUUUCCUUUGGCUGAUUCCUGCUGAGUGGGGCCAGUUCCUCCUCAGGCUCAGGGCAGGUGCCAUUCUCAGGCAUGGCCUCCUUUCCAUCCAGCGCAGCAUCUCCGUCUCUGUUCUGUCUCCUCCAAAUCCAAGAUGAUUUUAAUUAGUACAGACAUGUACAGUCUACAAUUAAAGAGUGAUUUGUACUAAUAUGAUUUUGAUUCUUCCUCCUCUUUGCUGUCCUUUCAAGACACUUGCUGGAAAAAGCUUUAAUGCACUUAGUUUUCCUUUAGGUUUUCUAUGACUCAGAUGUAAAGGACUUUCUCUGUACAGUAUAUUAUCCAAUGCAUGUUUGUUCUCUCUCCCGAUAUAUUGAACACCACACAGUUGUGAACUCGUGCAGUGGGGAUGUCCCGCACCCCACAGAGGCAUCUAGCCCCCUGUGUAUAAGGAAAGACAUUUUCCUUUGCUGUACUUGCUUGAGCAGUUGUAUUGUCUGUACAUGUGAGCUGUGUGAGGUAGAUGUGAAAAGGUAAAUGAAUGCAUUCUCCUGCCCAUGUGUACAGAUCGCCAUCCGUACAAUGAACUGUAUGUAUGAAAGCAAAUGUACUUAUUUAUAAAGGGUAACACUUGGAAAAA